AACCUAAAACUCUAAUUCCACCCCUGCUCACAAGGCAUACAUGGGUUAGAAUCUCCCAUAUAAUAGUUUUCCAAUACAUUUACGGGGCAUAUUGUUUACCAUUAGCUAGCAUAUUUGUGUGGCAUUGUGGUCGCAAUUGUUAUUCAUCUUUAUAUCUUGCAGAGAAAGAGAUAGAAGAUAACGCAGCUGAAAUGAAGCGACUUGUGUUAAGCAAGCUAGGAAAAAUGCCUGAUGAAGUAAGGGCUAUUAUUGAAAACACUGAUUUGGAUAGUUUUGUAUCAUCCCCAUUGAAGUACAGACAUCCUUGGGAGCUUCUUUGGGGAAAUAUCAGCAAAGGCAAUGCUUGUGUGGCCGGUGAUGCACUCCACCCCAUGACUCCAGACAUUGGCCAAGGUGGUUGUGCUGCCUUGGAAGAUGGUGUUGUCUUGGCCAGGUGUCUUGCCGAGGCGUUAUUGAAAGAACCAAGUGGGGAGAAAUUAGCUGAAAAAGAAGAAUAUAAGAGGAUUGAAAUGGGGUUGAAGAAGUAUGCCAAAGAGAGGAGAUGGAGAAGCAUUGAACUCAUUAGUACAGCUUAUAUGGUUGGUUUCAUCCAGCAGGGUGAUGGAAAAGUGAUGUACUUCUUUAGGGAUAUAUUGGCUGCAUACAUGGCUGGGUUGCUGUUGAAGAGGGCUGAUUUUGAUUGUGGGAAGCUCAGCAUUUCAUAAAUGCAUCCAUAUGCCCAUGUACUAAAGAUAAAGUAAUUAUUGUUCAUAAUAAUGGGUGUGAUGAGUUGUUGCCCAUGGCAUAUGUUUUAAAGCAAUGUAAUUCAAGUGUUGAAAACAUUCACCUGCUACAGAUUUUA